CCCGCUCUACCCACCAUGGCGAGCGGAGAGGGCAGCAGUGCGGCUAUGCGUGCCUUUGGCGCCGACUUUGCCGAGGCCGACUGCCUCAUGCUUGCCGAAGUGGCCACUGUUCUGAAGCAGCAGGCCGAUGCCCAUGAGGAGGCUCUUCGCGCAGGGACCACCAGCGAGGGUCUGAAGGACACGUUCCUCAAGACGCUCGAGUAUGCGCAGCGGUUCAACCACAUCACCGAGAUGCAGUCGAUCAUGGACACCCGGACCAUGCUCGAGCAGGCCGGCCUCGAGCCUGUUCAGCUGGCGGCCAUGGCCAAUCUUAUGCCUCGCUCUGUGGCAGAAGCUCGCUCGCUCAUCCCCUCGCUCACAGAGCGUGCUUGCUCAGACGAUGUCCUCGAGGGCCUCAUCAACCGCCUCCAGGAGCUGCAGCGCAUGUAGGCAUGUAGUUUCAGAUCUUGUACCACCACUACUACUACUACCCCCACCACAGUCAAAGACACAAUCAAUGUCA